UUUAAAUCUCAGAAGCCCAUUGGGUUUGAUUGUACUUUUGUGUCUACUUUUGGUGAAUCUACUUAAGAUUUUAUAAUUUCCAAAAUUAUCCUUUUGGGUAUCUUUAAUUACGAACAUACCUUCCCUUCUUUCCCGAUUUCAAGCCCUAAAAUUCUGUUUUCUCGCUUUAACGACAGUCGCCGAGUGAGAGAUAUAGAGAGAGAGGGAGAGAGAGAGAUGCCGGUGCACGAGGAGCAAGAGCAUGAGGUGUACGGUGGAGAGAUCUCAGAGGAAGAGGAAGAAGAAGGAGAGAUGGAUACGGAGGAGUACGAAGAACACGGCGGAGAAGAAGGCGCCGCCGCCGGAGAUGAGGAGCUUGAACCUGGCUCUAGCUCUAAGGACUUAGAGGAUAUGAAGAAACGAAUUAAGGAGAUCGAGGAAGAAGCUGGAGCUUUGCGUGAAAUGCAAGCCAAAGCUGAGAAAGAUAUGGGUGCUGGUCAAGAUCCUUCAGGUGGUGUUAGUGCGGCUGAGAAGGAAGAAGUGGAUUCGCGUUCAAUAUAUGUCGGCAAUGUGGACUAUGCAUGUACUCCAGAGGAAGUGCAACAGCAUUUUCAAUCCUGUGGGACAGUGAAUAGGGUUACGAUAUUGACAGAUAAGUUUGGUCAACCUAAAGGUUUUGCCUAUGUCGAAUUUGUGGAAGUAGAAGCUGUUCAGAAUUCUCUAAUUUUGAACGAGUCAGAACUUCAUGGUCGUCAGAUAAAGGUAUCUGCAAAGAGAACUAAUGUCCCCGGAAUGAGGCAAUUUCGAGGAAGGCGCCCCUUUAGACCAAUGAGGGGAUUCAUGCCCGGAGUUCCAUUUUAUCCUCCAUAUGCUUAUGGGAGAGUUCCCAGGUUCAGACGGCCAAUGCGCUACAGACCCUACUGAUUAGGCAAAAUUGUUGUUAAAAGUAGCAGCUGCCUUUCCGUUUGGGAAGGCUUAUCAUCAUCAACUCGGUUCAUCGGACGCUGCAGUUGCUUCGAUUAAAUGAGAUGAGUUGAAGAAUUGUAUGGCAGAGAGAGAUGGGAAUUAUAUUCUAGAUUUUCUGUACAAUAUUUGAUGACAAGAGCAACAUUUUGAGUUCCUUUGUGUUUUUUUUUUUUUUU